CGCCUCUCAAGAGUUGAAUACAAUCAAUACCUGGGCAAGCCUUCGAGCCGACUGGAUACCUAUACAGCGAAUUGGUGGGUUUAGAACCAGUGAAUCACCCAGAGAGUCAAAACCGACUGCUGCGUUGACCCGGGAACUCUGUGCGUCACCAGAUAACCCUCGUGACCGUGCGCGCUUGCUUCCACCCAUUUGUUCUCCAACUUUGAUCGCACAAAGAAGGUGUUGGGUUGGGGGAGUGAGGAAAGAAGCUCAAGGCAGAUUCAGUUGCAUCGACUACAUUUCCUACCUGAUUUGUCUUUGCUUCCAUUGUAUGCAAACAAGUCUUCAAAGAAACGCUCAAGCUGCAGGCUAUCUACCACCUUACCUACCAACAGUACAUACACCCACAGCCAGCCACGUCAUAUUGCCGUUGCCGUGCACAAACAACUUUCAGUUGAUUCUCCUUUAGGACCUGCAUUCAACCCCACCCCAACCUGACCCUGCUUUUCCAUCUCCAGGAGCGCACCCGAAUCCGAUUGCGCCUGGUCGUGUCUCUCAGCCAUUUGCGCGCAACGUCUCUCUGCGCAUCAACCCAGUUUAUCGUAGCAUCUUUCCGAUCAAACCCAUCCUCACUUGCCUGCCUUGAGGGUACGGCCAUCUUUCAUCAAAGACGGAGUCGGCCUGAUUUUGCUUGCUUGGCAAUUCAGAGCCACAGAACUCCAACAACCCAGCCAAGAUGGCCGACCAAAGCAUCAUUCGCAUCACCAAGGAGUUGAGCGAGAUCCAAAAGAACUCGGAUCUUUCCCUCGCCGUCGCAUGCCGUGAUGUUGACGUACGGAACGUUAAGGCACUUAUUAUCGGUCCUCAUGAGACACCAUACGAGUUUGGAUUCUUCGAGUUUAUGUUCCGGUUUCCCAAGGAUUAUCCUAGGAAGUCUCCUUCGGUGACCGCCGUCACCACGAACAGCGGUCGAACUCGAUUCAACCCAAACAUAUAUGCCGGCGGCAAGGUCUGCCUCUCAAUUCUUGGAACAUGGCGUGGUGAACGCGGCGAGGAAUGGUCGGCUGCACAAGGCCUCGAAUCGAUCCUCAUCUCCAUCCAGAGUCUGAUGUCAUCAAACCCCUACGAGAAUGAGCCAGGUUUCGAGGAUGCCAAUGAAGCUUCUGACAAGAAGAACCAGGCGCGUUACAUUCAAAAGAUUCGACACGAAACACUUCGAAUUAGUGUCAUUCAGAGGAUGGAGGAGUACCUUGGGAUCCAGGCAGACGGAACUCUACAACCACCGCCACAGGUCGAGCCAGAAGACUAUGAUCUUAUUGACUCGGACACUGUUGAAGACGUACCGUUUGAACCGUUUAAGGAUCUUUGCAAACGUCGCUUCCUAUGGUACUACGACUCGUACCUCCAAAGCAUCCAGAAGGCAAAGGCGGAGAACAAGGAUGGACAGGCUUUCACCAGAAUGCCCUUCGAAGGCCACAACAACAGCAUGGAGGGCAAAUUCAACUACUCGGAUUUGGAACGCCGGCUGCAAAACAUCAAGACGGCUCUGGAGACGGAGGUCAGCGGAUGGGCAGAGGAGGGCUUGACACCAAAAGCCAAGGACUCGACGGUGGCCGUGAUGCUCGGGCGGCAAUACGAGCAAGUGGUCGAGUACUUUAAGCGCAACGACAUUAUGCACAACCUUGAGCUUGAGAACAAGAACCCCUUUGUCUGGGUGCUGACUUACUUUGGCCGGCCGAUGACGAACCUGGAUGGAGGUCUGUUCCGCGUCACAUUCAGAAUCAGCCCACGAUAUCCCGACGAGCAGCCUCGCGUCAAGUGCGAAACCCGUCUCUUUCACCACAGAAUCGCGAUGGACGGAACAAUCUGUUAUACUGUGCCAAUGUCCCGUAGGGAGGACAUCAAGUCGCACAUUGAAGCCGUCAUUGAGGCAUUGGAGGAAGAGGAGCCAGCUUACGACCCCAGGACACUGGUCAACCCAGAAGCACACAAACUGUAUUGGGGCACAGCGGAUGACCGAAAGAUGUACAACCGACGACUUCGCAGGACGGUUCAGCAAUCGAUGGAGGAAUUUUGAUCUUUACCGUGGACACAGAUAUCAUACAAUGUAGUGUUUUGUUUUUGUUUUUAUGAGAUUCUUUUCGGAUCAACAUACCCAAAUUUGUGUUCAUAGUAUCUCAGACAGGGAUCAGUGAUUGGGGGCGUUCGUGGCACAAGGAGCAGGUGUUAUCAGGUUUAUCGGUCAUACCAGACAGCCGCAUGAAGCUGUGUUUUUAUUGUAUGCCCUGUCGCAAGCAACCAUGCUUACUUGCGAAAGAAAAAGGACACAUUCACACUUUCCAGCACCCAAACUCAGUCCCAGGUGUGGCUUCAAGAAUACCCUCGCGCGCUCACAACUUUGACUCAGAGGAUCACAGCCAGAAUUAUUAGCCAGGCUUAUUUCAAGGAUCUAACAAUGAUGCUAAGUCAACGAUUCGGAUAGCUUAUACAGAACGAUGGGUAUGCCCGACCUAAUACUAAUUUACUGUUAGUUACGGUAGCACUGAAAGGAGCGUUCUAGUAC